AUGUCUAUCCACCAGCUGGGCGUUGAAAAUGGACAUCACCACCCAAUUCCACUCCACGAUCCGAAACCGGUCGUCGGCUGCCAGCUUCCUGAACUGGUUCUGCAAUUGCGUGUCCUUGGCCUCGCACAAGAGAAAUCGGCUGACUCAAACAAGUCAGGGCUGGAGUUUUGUAGCAAGUUGGUGAUAUUCUGUGCUCCCAAACCCGGAUCCAAGAACAGCUCCUUCAUCUUUGGGUCGGUCUUGAACUUGAUGGAUUUCGAAAUGUUGUAUUUUUCGAGUUUCGGCUUGGACUUAUCGAAAUCCUCGAUCUUCUUGUGGCUAUCCAGGAUAGACAGAACGUCCGUGAGGAAUUUAGGCGAGAGAAUAUGUUUUGGACUCUUGCUCAACGACUUGAGGAACUUUUCUGUUCGUAAAACUCCUGGAGCAAUGAUACAGUUCAACGAACUGUUUGGCUGUUCGAUAACCUUGAUUCCUACCUUGUUGAGGUUACGCAGAUCGGACGCUGAGAAUUCCUUAUCGCAACCGGUCAAAAUAGCUGUAAUCUCGUACGGUUUUGGCACCGUUUUCUGUUUUUUUCGUGGAACAUCCUGCGAAUUGGUGAUAUCCUCCAGCUGCGAGUCGGCUGCAUGUUUCUGCGACUGCACCUCAAGACUCACGUGGCCCACAGACUGCGAGACCGGGAGCUUAUCGCCCAACACCUGGUACCGAGAACUUGAAUCGUCCUGCAGCUCCCAUUUAGCAUACGACUCUUCCAGCCACAGAUGGUUCAGACACUUGAUCCCCCAUUCCUGUGCAAACUUGUACUUGUCGCCAGUCGGUUUUGCCGCCACCAGAUGCGUGGUGGUAUUGAAGUCCUCGCUAAGGAAGAAUGUCUGCCCCUUGAACAGGCUGGACGAGACUGGCUCUGCCGCAGAGUCUCUGGUAUUGACGGCGUACGGCGACUCCGGCAGCUUGCGUUUGGACACAAUGCUGUCAAACACCCAUUCUGGGCGCACAAUCAGGAUCGCCUCUUUCUCGCACGCCUGGUUGAACGCGGCUGCCAUUUGGCAUUUCUCGUCGUCCAGAUCAACAGCCACCAAAUGGGUGGUUCUGCGCGAAAGCAGGUCGGUGUGGAUCCCGCCAAACGACCGCACCGCGCUGAAAACGGCGUCCUGGUCGCCCUGGCACACGGACGCUGCGCAGCACACGCUCACGCUGCUCAGAAAGUAUUUGGGGUCGGGAGAGUACGGUCUCAGGGUCUCGAUCAGAUUGGCCGCGAUGGAGUCCAACACCCAGUCCUCCCGCACGACGGGGAUCAUCAGCUCCUCGGCGAGUUGGUACUCGACGAAAUCCGUCGUGUUGGACACGAUCAGCGUGAUAUUCACGAGCUUAUCAUUAGACAACGGGAUCAGCUCGCUGUCCUUCUUGGUGACAAUGGCGGAUUCGUCGUCAAACCCAGCGCUUAGAAUGUGUUUGCGGAUGGCGUCUGCUUUUGCGGCGCUUAGCGCGGCCGACUGGAUGAUCAGAAAUCGGUGGCCUUCAAAAAGCGACAUACGCGUUCUGAUGAGUGAGGCGUACGAGCAGCGCCAGAUGCCGCCGAAGGCCCCAAACAUCAAAAUUGCCGACCUCGAGGAGCUGCGCGAGUUCCAGGGCAGGAAACGGACCGAGUACGAAAAGGCCCUCAGGGUCAAGCGGUUCGAUUUCGGCCAGUGGAUGCGGUACGCGCAGUUCGAGUUGGACCAGCACGACUACGUGCGAGCACGGUCGAUCUUUGAGCGCGCGCUCGAGGUCGAUCAUAAACAGGUCCCUGUUUGGAUACGGUACGUGCAGACAGAGCUCAAGGGGAAGAACAUCAACCAUGCGCGGAACCUGUUGGACCGGGCCACACGGCUGCUUCCGCGCGUCGACAAGCUGUGGUACCAGUACAUCACCGUGGAAGAGUCUGUGGGGGACGUGAUUGGAACACGCAAGAUUUUCCAGAACUGGCUCCAAUGGAAGCCAGGGCCAGACGUUUGGCAGCAUUAUAUCCAAUUCGAGUUGCGGUACAACGAGAUCGAGAACGCGCGGCUGUUGUUUGAGCAGUUUGUUGUUGCGCACCCGGACUCGUCCACCUGGCUGCUUUGGGUGGAUUUCGAGAGAACACACGGAGACUCUGUGAAUGUGCACAACGUUUACCGGCUGGCGGCCGAGUCGUUACGGCAAAGAGGUGCUUUGGAUGCCAAGCUAGUUUACUCGUGGAUUAAAUGGGAGGUCUCGCAAAACAACAGAGACAAGGCCAAACAGCUGUUUGACUUUGGGUUUGAGCAUUUAUCUGAAAAAGAGAGAGUAGAGCUGCGUUCGGACUAUGCGUUGUUUGAGAAACAGCACGGUGAGACAGCAUCGAUCGAGGACUCUGUUUUGUCCAAAAGAAUAGCCGUUUACGAACAGGAACUUGCAGAGACUCCCAGCAGCUAUGAUACCUGGUGGGUGUAUUUGAAGCUCGUGGAGCCGCUUUUCGACGAGCGCAAGUUUGGUUCCAAGCUGGAGCAGGCUGUCGAAGUUGUUCCGCAAAGCGAUGUCAAAUCAGACUGGACCAGCUACAUCUAUCUGUGGAUCAAGUAUCUGAUAUGGCAGGAGCCACGGGACCAGGAAAAAACUAGGGAAUUCGAGUUCGAGCUGCGUGCGCGCAAGCUGGGUGCCGCUCGCAAGCUGCUGGGCCGCUCGAUUGGCGUUUGUGGAGAUGUCAAGGUGAUAAAGUAUUAUAUUGAGCUGGAGACCAAGUUGUUGGAGUUUGACCGUGUGCGGAUGAUCUACACGAAGCUGGUGGAACUUUAUCCGCGUGACGCAGAGCACUGGAUCGAUUUUGCCAAUCUUGAGGCCGAACUAGGAGACCGUGCACGGUGUGUUGCGAUUUUCGACCUGGCGUUGGACGAGGUGGCUGUUUCUGCUCGGCCGACCGUCCUCAAGGCGUACAUUGCGUACGAGAUGGACGAGCGCAAGUACGACAACGCGCGGCGGCUGCAGGACCGUGCUGUUGAGCUGGCCGGCGACGUGAAGAGUCUGGUAGCAAGAUGCAUGCUGGAGCUGAAAAUCCCUACACGGGCGCAGCUGGAGGAGUACGAGCGAUCGGGCGCUGACGAGUUCCGGUUCGAGAUCACCGAGGAGGCCAAGGACCGGAGCAGGGACGUUUUCCGGAGCAAGAUCGCGUCAGCGGACGGGGCGCAGAAGAAACAGCUGGUGGAGGCUCUGGUGGAGUUUGAGCGCAAGUACGGCGACGCGGAAAAGGUGGCUGCGGCUGAAGCGCAGCUGCCCCGGCUGGAGAAACGGUUCCGUCACAACGCGGCUGGCGAAGAGGAGGAGUACUACGAGUACGUGUUUGAACGUAAAGUACACGGAAGCGGUGAUUUUGAAGCCUAUCCAUCCGGUGAGCUCGUAGACCAGGGCCUGGGACACGGCCAUGGUGCCGAGCGGGAAUGUGGAGGCCCAAAGGGCUUUGGACCACGAGUGGAUCCAGCCGUACUGGAGCACGCACAGCGCGGCGACCACAGAGAUGCAGACGCCCAUGGAAAUGAGCAACAGCGCCACGUACACCGAGCAGAGCUGCAGUGCCGUCGCGAUGGUGAGCAGCACCUGGCUGUCGAGGCCGUUGGUGAGUGCCACGAGCGACGAGUCGGCCUGGACCAGCUGUGCGAGGCUCUGGAAAUUGAGCAGCAGCGCAAAGCUGCCCUGGCCCAGCACGCCGAUCGGGAUGAAGCACGAGUACACGCUCUGUUUUGGAGGCAGGCCGGACGUGAACAGUUUAUAGAAGUAAACCGCGAUGAGUGGCAGAGCCAGCAUGAUUGCGUUUCCAAAGAGCAUAAACGUGACAAUCUCCGAGGAGAGUUUCCAGCGGUAGCUGGACAGCUGUUGGCUGACGAUGCAGCCUGUGGAUGCGGCGACGGUCAGAGUCACUGCCGGGAGCAGAAUGGUAGCGUUGAGAUCGCUGGCCGGGAUUUCGUUGAGUGCAAACAUGACAUAGGUAAGACCCCAUGCGCAGAGCAAAGUUAG